CUUGUACCAUGUGACCUCUGUGAUCAUUCACAGAUUUCACACGUAGUAAGCAAUGAUGUCAGGAGUGACAUCUUGCUUACUACUCUGCAUGUGAUCAAUGAUUGGCCAAUCAGUGAUCACAUGAUCGGGACCCUCGCACAGAGGUCCCGUACGACGAUCGGUGUUCCUCUGUGUCCGGAGGAGACAGCGCACUGUCCAUAAUGGCGGGUGCCGUUUAUGAAUGGCAACCCGCCCCUGGACUGCCACCAUCUGGCCGUUUAUAUACAGCAAGUGGUUAAGGUAAUCUGAUCAUGGCAGGAGAUUUCAAUUGUUGUCU